ACUGGACAAUGGCCGAGUUCGCCUGGCCUACGACGGCCGGCGGGAAGGCGUCGACGACGGCCACGGGCAAGCAGGUCUGGGCCGCCGCCGCGCGGGCCAUGGGCGCCGACGACCUCGCGGCGGCCCUGGAGCGGGAGAAGGACUGGCGCUUCAAGUACCCGACGCACGUCGUCGCGCUCUGCGAGCGCAUGUGCGCGUCGCCGGCCGCGGCCGUCGACGCCGCGCGCGGUGGCCUCGCCGCGGCGCACGCGGCCUUCGAUACGGCCAAUGUGCUCGCGGCCGCGACGCCGCCGCUCCACAGCGUGCUCGUCGCCGGGUCGGGCAAGGCCGGCGAGGUCAAGGUGCCCCUCGCGAGCCUCGACGCCUGGGUCGCCGCCGGGUCCUGCGAGGCCGACGUCGCGGCCCGGUGCCGGAGCCUCUGCGACGAGGGCGGCCGCCUCGCGUGCGAGCCGUCCACGCGGAGGUCGCACGCCUUCGUCGUCCUCGGCGCGACGUCGGAGAUGGGCCCCGCGCGCGCGCUCCUCAGCCUCGGCUGCACCGUGGCGUGCGUCGCGCGCGCGGGCUCCGCGGCCAAGUGGGCGCCGCUCGUCGACUUCGCCCGGUCCACGAGCGGCGUGCUCGUCGCGCCGUCGCGCGACGAGGCCGCGACGGGCGCCGACGCGGGAAAGCUCGGCGCCGACGUGCUCAACGAGGCCGGGGCCAUCGCGGCCUGGCUCCGGGACGAGCCGGCCCUGGCGAAGUUCGACACGCUCGUCGUCGGCCAGUACAUCUACCUCGACGGCGAGAAGCACGUGCGCGCGUCCGUCGCCUGCGACGCCAUCGCCGCCGAGCUCCAGAAGACGCGGGACGUCGCCUACGCCUACCUCGCGAGCCCGGGCACGGCCUACCCGAUCACCGCGGCCAUGGCCGACGACUCGCGGCGGCGCCACGCGGCCGCGCCGCUCUGGCAGACGGGCCUCAGCGGCGCCAUGAAGCUCGGCGGCGGCGGCUACGUGCGCAACUACCGGGACGCCGUGGGCCCGGCGCGGCUCCACGUCACCGACGGCCUCGCGACGGUCCAGGGCCCGAACUACGCGCUCGCGAAGACCUUGCAAAACUGGCGCGCGGUCGCCGCGCGCGCGGACGGCCGCGUCGUCUCCGCGAACAUGGCGCCGCCGGCGCGCACGGCGUCGAUGACGAAGACGAACCCGAACGUCGCGCGCUGGCUCGACGGCGUCGCCAACUUCGCGCCGAACGCGACGUUCUUCCCCCAGGACGUCUCCAAGGUCAUGGCCGCGCUGCUCCUCUACGACCUCUGGCACCCGGAGGCCGUCGCCAAGCCGACGACGGCGCUGGACCACCCGCUCAUGAUCCUCCAGCCCGCGUUCCACGGCGGCAGCCCCCGCUGCGCCUACACGGGCGAGUCCAUCGGCUCCUCCGCGGUGAUCACGUCCUUCGUCUCCCGCCGGCCCUCCUGCGCCUGAGGAAGGGGGGCGGCGCUUCGGCUGAAGAGACGGGCCUCCGGCGGCUGGAGAGGCGACGCCGGCGCGGGUGUGCCCCAAGGAGGGCAACAUACCCCGCCGGCGGGGUAUGUUAUAUGCCGAGCUAGCUGGAACCCAAUUG